AUGGCACUUGUGAAAGCUUCUCCUGUUAUAGCUGAUGUAGUUACGCGGAUCAUAGAGUAUGUGAAUAAGGUGGAGGCGAGAAACUACGAACAUCAUAUCAAGGACACACUUCAAAUCAAUGUACCUCAACAUGAGGAUGAAGAUCACUCGAAAUAUGUAGACGACGAUCAAAGUCGAGAUAAGAAAAAUAGUACAGUUGUUGAUUGGGGUGCUUUCAAAAAGGAACUCAACGCGAAAUACGGCGUCCCAGAAGAAGAACUCGACGGAUACAUGUCGACAUACAUGUUUAGACGCUACUUCUUAAAAAAAAAAACUUCUGAACCAACUUCUGAUCGAGAUGAAAAAGAAGAUGACUAUGAUUCAAGUGAAUCUGAAAUCUCCACGGAUGAAAGCUCUGAUUACUACGACGGUGAAGACGAGUCCGAUUCCAGCGACCCGAAUCAUGGAGACGACGAUGAUGAAGACGGAGCAGAUAGUACAAAUCAGGAAGAUGAGUACGAAGAUGAACAGGAAGAGGAAGAUCAAUUGACUGAAGCACCGACCACGAAAAUCUUCAGAAAAAGAAAACAGUUCGAUUCUGAUAGAGUUUCAUUUGCUCCCAAACAACGAAAUGAAAGAAACAAUCGCGCCUUUACAUUUUCAACAAGACAAACCACAAUGGCUGCUCGUUUGAAUCGAAAUAGAAACGAACGUCGAAGUUCUUCUACCGCUUCUACAAUGAGAACCACCACCUCUUCUAAGCCAGAAAUGAUUAUCAAAACCAACAGACCAAUUUCGUCAACUACACCAAGGCAAACGACGACCAAAACUCGAAAACCUCGGAAGAAGACACAAAGUCGAAAAGCUGAUCCUACAACCACCAUCACAACCACAGCAACCAUGAGGACCACGACCACCAUGAGAACAAGACGAACAACUUCCCAUCAGUCGAGACGAACCACGACAGAACCUCGUACGAAACGGACGACGUCUGCCCCUGAAACGAGACAAACAACCAUCACCACUCAGAAGACUCGGAAUGAUAGAAGAAGACGCGGGCGGCCCACUACCACCACUCCAAGAUCGACUACCAUUACUCCAAGAUUCACAACCACUACUCUAAAAUCCACUUUCACCGGCCGAAGGAAGUUCAAAGGACGCGGAUAA